GUGAUCGCUACAUUGAAGCUCGUGAGCGUCAAGAUUCACUGAACCAGGUUGGUGGCCACUGGCCACGGCAUCCGCAGAAACGGCGACGUAUUAGCCGUCUUUCGUCUUCGUCAAACCAAGCAAGACUAGGGUUUCAAAUCUGAUGCAGAGAGCUAGGGUUUUUCCAUCAAUCGCAUUCCUCCACCUAAACCCUCCAUCUACGGAUUUCGGCCAAUCCGAUGCCGCCACAAUGUCAGCCCCAUGCUGCCGCACUCUCUCUCACUACCCCUCUCUCAUCUCUCCUCCAAUUUCAAGAAUCAGGAUUUCGAAUCUUCCAAGAACUUCACUUUCUCUGAAUCAAAGAUUUCGUAUUGUCGAUACUCUCUCCAGAAAACUGACGAGGAAAAUGAAUUUGAAAAUCUAUGUUUGUCGGCGGGUAUUGCUUGGUUUGCAUUUCGUGAGAUUUCUUGCUUGGGAAAGCGAUAAUCUUGGCAAAACCAAAGUAGUUUUUAUUUCCACGUGUACAAGCAAUGCUUCCACGAGGAAAUGGAGAGGUUCAUGCCAUAGGCAGGAAGAAUCUUCUGCAGAAAUUCCAGAGUUUGAGACUGUAGAAGAUAAGCUGCCAGAAGAAUUGGCAAAGCCUGAAGUUGAACAAUCUGAUAAAUUGAAAAAAGAUUGGGUUUCAAAGGUUCGAAAGGCAUUAAAGGCUGCUGAUGCAUUUUUUGGAAUGAAACCUUGGACAGUGCCUUGGACAGCAAUGACCAUUUUGCAGGUUAUGCUCCUCUGGAUUGCUUCAUUCUGGUUGGUGGGAUCUUGGAUAAUUCCAUUUCUGGCUCAUAAAGCAGGUUUCAGAAAGGAGACCAUGACACACAGAGGGCAAGCCUUGUAUGGCCUCUUGGGUGAAGUGACCGAAGGUCUUUCUGGGAUUGCAAUUCUUCAUAUCUGCCUUGCAAGGUUCCAUCCCCUUCCAUCUGAUUGGUUCAGGUUAAGCCUUGAAGGGAAGUGGCACUUUGAUGUUGGCUUGGGUUGCCUCAUGUUUCCCCUGGUCAACCGUCUCUCGCAGAUCAAUGAAAAUUUAUUGCCUGUUGCUCCCUCCACUCCGGUCACUGGGUCAAGCGUUCAGCAAUCAAUUGUUGCACGAGACCCGGUGGCAAUGGCCCUUUAUGCAGUGUUUCUUUCAGUUUGUGCCCCUAUCUGGGAGGAGAUUUUCUUCCGUGGAUUCCUUCUCCCUUCCUUGACCAGGUACAUGCCUGUAUGGUGCUCCAUUCUUAUGAGUUCAGUAGCUUUUGCCUCGGCACAUCUCAACUUGCAGACAAUGCUACCAUUUAUAUUCCUUGGGAUGUUGAUUGGUGCCGUCUUUGCACGAUCAAGGAACCUGUUGGCAUCAAUGCUCUUGCAUAGUCUCUGGAAUGCCUUUGUAUUCAUAGAUCUCAUGAAAUAGUAUUCUUGUUUUGUACUCUAUAAUUGCUCAGUCAGGUUUUAGCCACCAUUGCUUCUCCCAUUGUGUAAAAUGUUAGUAUUGAUUUGUAGGGCUUUACCAAGAUUCAUCUGGAGGAAUGUUCCUCAUAUUGUUCAUCCAUUCCGUAACCAUCAUGCUCUAGCUGCCAAUGAACUCCAAAUAUAUUCUCUGGUUUGAGCAUAAUGGGGUUUGUCCUGUUUCCAGUGAGAGCAUGUCACAUCACAGUAUGGAGGACACUGCUCUCGUUUCCCUUACAAGAUACUCUUUUGUUGGGAUGGAGGUGGUUGGGGAAGGCGAAGGGGAAGCGGAAGGUGGUGGUUUGUUUACUCAGUAAUUCUCUUUCCACCACCACUCCCCUCAAAUCAUCCCAUUUUUACCUAAAGCUGCACUCUUUUGGGAUGUGAUCUGGUGCAUGGUGACUUUAUCAGGACAGCUGGUAAGUCUCAAACCAGAGUAUAGCCAUAGGCAGGGGACCAUUUUGUUAAGCUUCAUUCCUAGUUUGCUGCUAGACUGAAAGUCAAAAUCUCUCUACUACCACAGGCUUUUACUUUCCAGAUAUGAAAUUUCUUGACUGCUAACCUUAAAUUUUAUCCUGUUGAAAUGUUCUGGAAGACAGGUCUAUGUCCUGUGAUCGAUCUGUUUUGAAUUAGUUAUUCCUCCUUUUUUUAAGUAACCGACUGGGUCUGGCUAGCAGUAUUUAUGGAAGUGUUAACAGUGUCUCCGAAAGAAAUUUCUUUUUGGUUUACAGAAUUAUAAUCAAAUCUCCCUCAAUGAAAAACAUUCCAUUUAGGAAUUUAAUUGCUUCUACCAAUGUUUGUAUUCUUUUGCUUUAUGUCUUGAAGGGGAACAUCGGUGCGGGGACCAAUAGGUUUCAAGUCACUUUCUAUUUCUGGCUGUUGUCCCUGAAACUUUGGCUAAUGUCCAUAUCGUCCUCCGACAACUUUAGGGGACCCUUGUCUGCUAUUUUUGUUUUUUAGAUUGUUUGUAAAUAAUAAUCAGUUUAAUUUUGGAUGAGAAAAACAUAACAUCCUCUACCAUUAAGCCCUGUAGAGAUUUGUACUCACCGCCACUCAGACUAUGAGUGGCUGUAAAAGCCUGGAAUUUCCUUGCCAAGAGAAGUUUGUGAUAUUUAGUAUUCCUUUUCUUUUCC